AUGAAAUCUAAUAAAACUAUAUUUAUUUACUAUGUAAUGGCAACUCUGGUGUAUUUUUCAUUAUAUCCCAUAACGGCAUCAAACGGGGAUUCGCUGGAUCAGGCAAUCGACCAACAAUUAAAUAAGGAACAGCUUCAACAUGAAUAUCCUAAAAACGUAGCUUUAGUUAAUGAUGGUAUCCAACCUUUAAGGCGUAAAAGAAGAUACUUGGAAUUCCCAGAAGGUUCAUCAUUUCAAUUAGUGUAUGACUUGAUCAUUGGCGUAGUCGACUACACCAACUAUUUAAUUUUGGGUGUAACUGUGGCCUUGGCUUGGGAAUUACCAUCUAAGCCACCUAGUGAAAUUUUCGAAGAUUUUACUGAACGGUUAAGAGAUGGCACCUUGGGAACUUCGCGCAAUGACACUGUUAAAAAUAUAAAAUAUAUAGACCUUAAAACGAAGAUGCCUAUAACUAAAACAUCAAGCGCCAAAUACGAAUAUAAUUUACAGCCAAUAUUUAGGCCACCAAUGCAUUAUCGAUAUUAUACCUAUGCGACGCCAGAUAGUUUUUACAAAUAUCAGAAUAAUAAAGGAUCGCAGAAUAUGAACUUCUACAAUCGCUACAAUAAUUGGUCUAGAAAGGAUAAUCAGUACUACUCACCAAAACAAGCUCAUCCUUUUACAAAAUGGACACAAUUUCAAAGCCGACCUAAAUACAGUACGAAUAGUAUAAAAUAUCCUUGGUGGAAUUUAUCAGAACGACUUAAGAACUCUUUUAUCAGACAUCCAAGUGUAAGAAGAUUUGAUAAAAAUACAAAUCGUAGCACAGCUCAAAUCAACUAUAAAAAGCCAAUUGGAAAUUACAAACCUUUCCCAAGUACUGGUCGUUCUGAACAUCGAAUAUAUCCAAUUUUCGGAAAACGUAGUAUUACCGUUGCUCAAAACAAAAAUGAAAAUAAGACGUCCCCACAUCACCGUUUCCGACGUAGUGGUAUUGUUGCUGACCUACCUUCGAAAUUAGAUCGCAUACAUAUAGAGCAACACCGUAAAACGCGUCAUGAUUUAUAUCAACGAAUAGAAAUCUAUUUAAAUGGUCGGGGAUCUCAUGGUCAUCAUUGUGUUCUAAGAGCACUGUGUGAGACGGGACAAAAAUCAAAGGAACAUAAGCCGGGAUCGUUUGUUGGGGAAUUAAUGCGAGCUAUAUUUACAAUGCCCGAACCUUUAGAUGAAACUUCUGAUGGUCGCCAUCGAAUUGGAUAUAAAGAGCAACGUUAUGAUACGGCCAAUGCCUUAAAAGAAAACUGUACUAGACGUUAUAAUCUUUGCAAAGAUUCUUUAUGGUCUUCUCAUUUUGUUCUUUAA